UGGUUUUAAAAAAGGAGUGGAGGAGGGUUCUUCAUUGUGUCACUCAACUCAACUUUGUGCGAGUUUCGGCCAUGGAAAUGGUGAAGCUGUGGCUUCUAUUGGCUCUCCUGAUCGCUCCGAAGAAAUCGGCCGGCGCCGAGUUUCCCCCAACCUGCAAUCGUAUCGAGUGCCCUAGCUUCGACGUCAUCGAGACCGGCGAUGGCUACGAGAUUCGCCGCUACGAUUCCGCGGUCUGGGCCUCCACCGCCCCCAUUCAGGACAUCUCUCUGCACGAGGCCACCAGACGAGGAUUUCUGCAAUUAUUCGAUUACAUUCAAGGAAAGAACAAGUACAAUGAAAAGAUAGAGAUGACUGCUCCAGUGAUUUCUGAGGUUUCUCCCAGUGAUGGACCAUUCUGUGCAUCAUCCUUUGUGGUUAGUUUCUAUGUCCCCAAACUGAACCAAGCAGAUCCACCUCCAGCCAAAGGGCUUCAUGUUCAGCGAUGGAAACCAACAUAUGUUGCAGUCAGACAGUUUAGCGGCUUCGUCGUCGAUGCCAACAUCGGAGCCGAGGCUGCUGCAUUGGAUGCCAGUCUCGUCGACACCAAGUGGGCUGCAGCCAUCGCUAAGAGUCGCCGCGUCGAACAUGCUUCAAUUUAUACUGUGGCUCAGUACAAUUCUCCUUUUGAGUUCGACCAUCGGGUGAAUGAGAUAUGGUUCUUGUUUGACAUUGAAGACAUUGCUCAGGUUUAGAGAUCAUGUCAUAGAAUCUAGUGUUUAAUACAAAUUAAGGUUAUGUAUGUUGGUCGAACUUCCAAAGCUUUUGAAUCGCUUGAAUAAAAUGUGCUACAUGCAUCCUCUUGUUAUAAAGAUAAA